AAGAGUUCCAAAACCUGCCAGACAUUUCAACUUCCGGGCCUAGAAGAAAUCGAACAAACUGUUCUGAAUGCCCAAGUUGACGCUGAAAAUGAAAUGUUGCACCUGGGUCUUCAGGCUGUGCAUCCUAUCUCAGCAUUAUUUCCUGAAAUAAGGUCUGAAAUUCCUUUUGAAACACCCAUCACGAACGAAGAACGGAAUGAUGAUGAAGUCAAUACAUAUGCUGAUGCAGAUGUUGACUUGGAUGAUGAGCACAACUAUUUGGAUCUCGAUUUGGAUCAUUUGGAUAUAACUGUGGCUUCAAACGGUGAUUCCAGCAUGCAUGCCGAGAUGUAUGUACCUUUGGAUGUUGAAGAUGAAUUGCGGCUUAUGCUAGGAGAAAGCGCUAACAACAUUGAAAUUAAACAUCUCAUCAAGGAAAAUGUAACAAUAAAAUCAUCACGACUGUACUUCAAAAUGCAGAAUUCAGAUGGAAAAGAAGUUUUUGUGAAAAAGUCAACUGUCGUUUGGUUGUUUAACAAUGUUAAGGAUACCGUUAGUUCAGAUCGCCUAUACCGUUUUGUUAGGAAUAAUGAUAGGAGAGUUGACCCUAUUUUAGCCCAGUCUGCAGGAACGCAUGAUGAAAUUCAUAUUGGAGAUUGGUGUGAGUUUAAAUAUAGGGCACAUGGAAGAACACGAGUCGUGUAUGGUAAUGUGGUAGGAUUUGAAUACAUCAACGGUAGAUCGAAGAACUACACGCUGCACUGCGCUCCAGUAAAACCACCCAGUGGCAUUGUGCCAAGAGGAAUUUUUGUGUAUGCUAACUGGUUUGAACGAUGUGGCAAUGUAGCGAACAAAAUUCAACUUACUAACAUUGUAAAUGAUGGUCGGAUUGAUAUAGAUUUGUACAAAACACAUAUCCAAUCUCCAACAUUUAUAAACAAUGUUAUGACACUAGCUUGA